CUCCAUAAAUGAGAUGGACGAGUACUUUGCCCCAAUCCACACGUAUCAGGUGUGCAACGUGAUGAGCCCCAGUCAGAACAACUGGCUGAGGACAGGCUGGAUCCCACGGGAGGGAGCCAGGAGGAUCUACAUCGAGGUCAAAUUCACGCUCCGAGACUGUAACAGCAUGCCCGGAGUCCUGGGCACCUGCAAGGAGACUUUUAACUUGUACUACUUCGAGUCAGACCGCGCCGUGGGCUCAACCAUCAGAGAAAACCAGUUCAUCAAGAUCGACACUAUCGCUGCAGACGAGAGCUUCACUGGAGUGGACCUGGGAGUGCGGAGACUCAAACUCAACAAAGAGGUGCGCGGCGUGGGCCCUCUGUCGCGGCGGGGCUUCUACUUGGCGUUCCAGGACAUCGGCGCGUGCAUCGCCCUGACCUCGGUGCGCGUCUACUACAAACGCUGCGUGGGAGUGAGCCGGAACCUGGCCGUGUUCACGGACGUGGUGACGGGCGCAGACUCGUCCUCUCUGGUGGAGGUCCGGGGACAGUGUCUGGACCACGCGGAGGAGAGGGACACGCCCAAAAUGUACUGCAGCGCCGAGGGGGAGUGGCUAGUGCCCAUCGGACGCUGCGUGUGCUCGGCCGGGUUUGAGGAGCACCGCGACUCCUGCGUGGGUGAGUCUGAACCGUGUGAGGUGGGCUUCUACAAACCUGUGGCGGGGGACGGUCUGUGUGGGAAGUGUCCUCAGCACAGUCACUCGGAGACGAGAGCGGCCGUGUCCUGUCCCUGCGACUCCAACUACUACAGGGCGACGGACGACCCCCCCGCGGCCCCCUGCUCACGUCCUCCAUCUGCACCAGUAAACCCAAUCUCCUCCGUCAACGGCACCUCCGUCAACCUGGAGUGGGACCGCCCUCUGGACACCGGGGGGCGCUCCGACCUGCAGUACAGCGUGCAGUGUCUGAGGUGCUCCGGGGACGGCCCCUGCGAGGACUGCGCGUCGUCUCCGGGCUUCAUCCCUCGGCAGGCGGGACUCACGGAGCCCUGGGUCACCGUGCUCAACCUGGCCGCUCACAGCAACUACUCGUUCCGCAUCGUGGCCUCCAACGCAGUGAGCCGACUGAGCAACGAGCCGCUGCAGUUCUCUGUGGUCAACAUCACCACGAAUCAGGCAGCUCCGUCUGAGGUGAUGGCGGUGCGUCAGGAGAACACGAGUCAGAACAGUGUGAUUCUAAUGUGGCACGAGCCCGACCAGCCCAACGGAGUCAUCCUCGAGUACGACAUCAAGUAUUAUGAGAAGGAUCAUGAGGAUCAGACUUAUUCCACUCUCAAGUCCAAAAACACCAGUGCUCUGGUGUCAGGGCUCAAACCGGGCACUAAGUACAUCUUCCAGGUGAGAGCCCGCACCUCAGCCGGCUGUGGGCGCUUCAGCCAGAACGUGGAAAUCCAGACUGGGAAAGCAGUCCCCCUGCGCUACAACACCAUGACCAUCCUGUGGAUCUGCAUGGCCCUGGUGUCCGGCCUGGUCGCCUUCAUGGCCAUCAUCAUCUGCAGGAAACGGCAAGGCUACACUUUACCACACUACCCAUCGCUGCUACAUUGUGGCUACAGCAAAGCAUUCCAGGACUCGGAUGAGGAGAAGAUGCAUUACCAGAACGGUCACGUGUCAUUCCCCGAUGCAAGGUUCUAUAUCGACCCACACACCUACGAGGACCCCUGCCAGGCGGUGCAUGAGUUCGCCCGAGAAAUUGAAGCCUCCCGGAUCAAAAUUGAAAAAAUCAUUGGCUCAGGGGAGUUCGGAGAGGUGUGUUACGGCCGCAUGAGGCUGCCGGGGAAACGAGACAUUCCCGUGGCCCUGAAGACGCUGAAGGCGGGAUACACCGAGAAGCAGAAGCGGGAUUUCCUGGCCGAAGCGUCUAUCAUGGCACAGUUUGACCAUCCCAACGUCAUCCGCUUGGAAGGGGUGGUCACGCAGAGUAAACCCGUAAUGAUCAUCACAGAGUACAUGGAGAACGGCUCGCUGGACUCUUUCCUCAGGCGACAUGACGGACAGUUCACGGUGAUCCAGUUGGUGGGCCUCCUGCGGGGCAUCGCGGCGGGCAUGACCUACCUCUCCGACCUGGGCUACAUCCACAGAGACUUGGCGGCGCGGAACAUCCUGGUCAACAGCAACCUGGUGUGUAAAGUGUCCGACUUCGGCCUUUCCCGGGUGCUGGAGGACGACCCCGACGCGGCCUAUACCACCAGUGGAGGAAAAAUCCCAAUCCGCUGGACCGCCCCAGAGGCCAUAACGUACAGGAAGUUCUCGUCUUCUAGCGACGUGUGGAGCUACGGCGUGGUCAUGUGGGAGGUGAUGUCAUACGGAGAGCGGCCAUAUUGGAACCUCACCAACAGAGAUGUGAUCAAAUCCGUGGAGGAGGGCUACAGGCUGCCCGCUCCCAUGGGCUGCCCCGCCGCUCUGCACACGCUCAUGCUGGACUGCUGGCAGAAGGAUCGCAACGAGAGGCCGCGCUUCUGCCAGAUAGUCACCGUUCUCGACAAGCUAAUCCGCAACCCGGAGAACCUCAAGUCCAUGGACACUCUCUGCAGCCGCAGUCUAAACAGCCCUCCUCUGAUGGAGAGGGCGGCCGCUGACUUCAGUAGCUGUAACUCUGUAGAUGAUUGGUUGGACACGAUAAAGAUGGGCCGCUACAAAGAGCACUUUGCAGCGGGAGGGUAUCACACUUUAGGACAUGUCGUGAGCAUGAACCAAGGGGACAUCCAGCGUCUGGGUGUGACUCUGAUGGGACACCAGAAGAAGAUCAUGAGCAGUGUGCAGCUGAUGAGAGCUCAGGUCCUCAACAAGAGCGUCCCCUCUGUGCACGUAUAACUGCAGAGCACAGCAGACCCACACCUGGGGACUGACGACACUCAAAGAUACUCAAAGAUACUCAAAGAUACUCAAAGAUACUCCAAUACUCCAAACAGAGGCUCCAACCGACGGGAAAAGAACCAGUCAAGACUUUUAAGAGUUCACCUGUUUCAACGACAGAGAGAGAAGACGUCUUAUGGACAACAUUCUUUAUUAUUUCCUUUUUGGUGCAUCAUGUCUUUUUUUUAAAACAGGAGGGACUGCCUUAAAACCACAAAGAUGUUCUGUUUAUUGUACGAGAGAAUACACUACGAUGCAGAGUACGUACAGCUACGGGGCGCAGAGGUGUGAACGCGGGACAGUUUAUUCGAGCUGGUGAAGGAUAUUGUAAAAAAAAAAGCGAAAAGGGGAGAGCGAGAUCGGGCUCACACAAGUCGUCGGCGGAGGAGGAGACCUUGUUCACCCCGGGCUAUUAAUAUCAACAACAGGCGCACCUCUGCAGCGUCCGCAUGUGAUGGACGACCCCGGCGGAGCCCAGGAGCCCUCUGCCCCGAGUUUUGAACGCACAACCGCUACACGGACUCAAUGAACGGUGCACUUUAUUCUAUAGUAAGCUCCUGUCUGUCUGCAGAGCGAAGGGAAGUGUGUCUCCAGUGUCUUUGGCUUAUAUUUACUCCUCCAGCUCCAGCUCAAACAGAUGAAAUUGUACUUUAAUGUGUAUUUAGGAACUAUAUGAUAAGGACACGGUGCUCGUUUGAGGUAAAAAUAUAUAACAAAAGGUAAUGUCAAAGGAAUAAUCAGCAAAAUGUCAUGUUUAAAGUUGGUUUUUAAAAGGGACUGCGACAAAUAGGGACGAUAAUGUUUCCGUAUACAGUACAUAUCUUUAAAAACAUACACAGACUAUCAUCUCUGAACAGAUUUUUUGUGUAAUAUCUGGAAAACGAGUGCAGCUACAUUUGAGUAACUUUGUUAACUAUUUUUGCUGUUUGUCCUUUGAAAAAAAAGCUUUAUAGUUCUCAAGAUGGCACCUAGUUUUCUCUUGCAAUUCAAUUUAAUGUUCUUCUUGACCGAUCUGUGCAAUUAUUUGUUUUUAUUUACCUUUCCCUGACACUGCUGACUGACAAAGCUAAAGCCACAGGUGGAAAAAGCAGCUAAACGACUCGAUUCAAAAGCACAAGUGAAGACACGUAUGUAGAAUAAUGACAAAAAAAACUAAAACCUAUUUUUUUCUCCAAACGAUGAUGAAUAAUAUUUUAAAGUCUUACCAUUGUUUCAUUUCCAGAGACUAUAUGCAAUAUGCACUGUGUCUAAACAGGGUAUAUUAUUGCCAAAUGUUGUUUUUUUUUUAAAUAUUCUAGCUAAAGCAGAGCCUUGUCAUUCAUCUAGAACUAUUUUUGAUGCCUGUUACAUGAUUUUCACUAAAGGAGCUUCACCGAAAACCGACCGCACUCCAGAAAAGCGAUGAUUCAUAAACAGAGUCUGCACAUUUCUGUAGUAUUUGGUGCCAAUAACCUACACAAACUGCACAAUCUGCUGUUCUUUACAAAGUCGUGUGAUUCACUGAUGGGCUCAUUGAUGAAAUUUUAGAGUGAAUGUUUAUCUAACACGUAAAUCUACAGCUACGUCCACACCGAUGCAUCAGAUUAGUGUUUUUGUUCUUGGGCAGUGGACCACCUUCAUAAAAUCUGCUCUUUUCCCCAUGUUUUUUUUUUUAUGUGGAGGCAUGUAUUAGUGUGGACAGAAACUGGAAACUUUUUAUAUCGUCCAGAGAAUGUCUUCUGCACUGCACUCGUCUGAAUGACUGUAUUCAAAGAAGAACCUUUUUCUUCUGGACAAUGUAAAAUAGACGAUUCACAAUGGAUUCUUCAAGAUGCUUUUAAAGACACUGGACUUUAACGAAAAAGAUCAUUUUUAUAAACUUAGGGUGUGUUUUUGCUAGAUGAUUUAUAAUGUACACAGCAAAUUCAGUCACUGCAGAAGAAGGAAAAGAAUUCACAUUUUAUUUAUUUAUGCCCAUUUGUUUUUCAGACGCAACUCUGGAAGCUUUUCUUACAGUUGAUGAAUUGUCCAUGUUGCUGAUGAUCAUACAUGUGC